CCCACCAGAAUGCCCAGUCCACCUGUCCUCAGAGCCCCCGCCAGAGAACCCUGUCCCCCCGUCCUCAGAGCCCCUUUCAGACAACCCAAUCCCCCCGUCCUCAGAGCCCCCACCAGAAUGCCCAGUCCACCCGUCCUCAGAGCCCCCUUCACAAUGCACAAUCAUCCCAUGCCCAGAGCCCCCACCAGACAACCCAGUCCCCCCAUCCCCAGAGCCCCCUUCACAAUGCCCAGUCCCCCCGUCCUCAGAGCCCCCACCAGAAUGCCCAGUCCACCCGUCCUCAGAGCCCCCUUCACAAUGCCCAGUCCCCCCGUCCUCAGAGCCCCCACCAGAGAACCCAGGCUUCGCUUCCCCAGAGUCCAAAUCAGAAACGCCCACCAACUCCAGACAUGAAAAAGGCCCCUGUUGAAAGUGAAUUGGCCCCUGAAAGUCCCCUGAGAAACCCCCUGUAUCAGAGCCAACCACCUUGUGCCACAUUAGACGCUCUUAGCCAAAGUCUCAGUAAUUCACCGCUGAAUGUUAACAACAUAACCCAGAAUGCCUCGCUGUUUCCUGGUAGGACCGCAGACGGUCAAACAGAGUUCUUCCAAGCACCUCCAGCCUCACCUCACAGUGUUACCUCUGAAUCUACAGCAGUAUUUGCACCAAACUCCCUCAAAGCUCCUACUACGAUGAUGGCAAGCCCCGCCCACUCAGAUCCAUUUCUCUUGCCCUCAGUUACGUUUUGCACCGGCAUCCCUUCCCACACCCUGUGCUCCCCCCCCACCUCUCUCCUCUGCUCUCUGGAAUCUCCAUUCAGCUUCCCCUCUCCUCAGCUGGCUAUACCCCCCCCACAUCAGAGCCCGCCCCCUCUGGAGCUAACCCCGCCCCCUGCCCAGCUGCUUGGCUCUGAUGAUGAAGAGCAGGAAGACCCUUCAGAUUACUGUAAAGGCGGGUACUACCCAGUGAAGAUUGGUGACCUGUUCAACGGCCGGUACCAUGUGGUUCGGAAACUGGGCUGGGGACACUUCUCCACGGUUUGGCUCUGCUGGGACCUGCAGAAGAAGCGCUUCGUGGCCAUGAAGGUGGUGAAGAGUGCUCCUCAUUAUACCGAGACGGCUCUGGAUGAAAUCAAACUGCUCCGAUGUGUGAGGGACAGCGACCCCUCCGACCCCUACAGAGAAACCAUCGUCCAGCUUAUCGAUGACUUCAAGAUCUCUGGGAUCAAUGGAGUUCAUGUCUGCAUGGUUCUGGAGGUUUUGGGUCAUCAGCUUUUGAAAUGGAUCAUUAAGUCCAACUAUAUGGGACUUCCUCUGGUCUGUGUCAAGACCAUCAUUCGACAGGUGCUGCAGGGACUCGACUACCUUCACACCAAGUGUAAGAUCAUCCACACCGACAUCAAGCCGGAGAACAUCCUGCUGGUCGUUGACGACGUUUACAUCAGAAGGUUAGCGGCCGAAGCCACCGUCUGGCAGAGAGCUGGAGCCCCGCCCCCUUCAGGCUCAUCAGUUAGCACGGCCCCCAGGGAUGAAGAGAUGGGGAAGUUGUCUAAAAACAAGAAGAAGAAGCUGAAGCGGAAGGCAAAGCGCCAACAGAAGCUCUUAGAUGAAAGGCUCAUGGAUAUCCAGAGGAUGGAUGAAGAGGAGGGUCUCCACCAGGCUGACGACGCAGAACCGACCUCCAAUCACAAAGCCAGCCCUGAAUCCAGCGGCUCCUGGUUGGACGACAGGUCUGCUGGCCACGCCCCCGGGCGCUUCUCCAGCCCUGCCUCUGGUUUAUCAGGGUUCUCCAGCUCAGUGAUGUCAGCAACGUCAGAGUCCGCCCUCUCCACCCAGUCGGGAUACUCCAGCGGUGGAUUCAGCUCCUCAGACUUUGUGCUGAACCCUCUGGAUCCUCGAAACGCCGACCGGCUCCAGGUGAAGAUCGCUGAUCUGGGAAAUGCCUGCUGGGUGCACAAACACUUCACAGAGGACAUCCAGACUCGGCAGUACCGAGCUCUGGAGGUCCUGAUCGGAGCGGAGUACGGACCGCCGGCGGACAUCUGGAGCACAGCCUGCAUGGCGUUUGAGCUGGCCACCGGAGACUACCUGUUCGAGCCGCAUUCAGGCGAGGACUACACCAGAGACGAAGAUCACAUCGCCCACAUCAUCGAGCUGUUGGGGCCCAUGCCUUUGCCCUUCGCUCUGUCUGGCAGGUAUUCCAGAGAAUACUUCAACAGGAGAGGUGAGCUGCGUCACAUCUCCAACCUGAAGCCGUGGGGUCUGUUCGAGGUCCUGCUGGAGAAGUACGAGUGGCCGCUGGACCAGGCGGCGCAGUUCAGUGACUUCCUGCUUACCAUGCUGGAAAUGGAGCCUGACCGCCGAGCGACGGCGGCGGAGUGCCUGCAGCACGCCUGGCUGCACACAUGAACCCUCACUGUGACUCAUUGACUGAUGGUUGGAGAUGCCUCAGCUGAUUGGUCAGCCGACAGACCGAUCAGAGCGCCGGAUCCACCCAGACACACCGGAGAGGAGCCGCCGCCUGUCCCGCCUGAGCUGGGCUCCAUUUGCUCAGAGACGACGGGCUGAGCUUCCUUCCUCUGGCAGCUGAAACCCUCAGAACCAGAAUCUUCCUCUGCUGUCGCCCUGAGCUGACACGGCUUCAGGAAUCCCUUUCCUGCGUGUGAUCACUUCCUGUUCCUCUAUAACGUCUGAUUAGUCCAUGAUCGACCCGAUUCAUGAAGCCGCUCAGCUGAUCGAUCACCAAACCGUCCGUUAUUGGCGGGUCGGUCGGCUGAUCGAUCAGCAAACCAUCCGUUAUUGGCGGGUCGGUCAGCUGAUCGAUCAGCAAACCGUCCGUUAUUGGCGGGUCGGUCAGCUGAUCGAUCACCAAACCGUCCGUUAUUGGCGGGUCGGUCAGCUGAUCGAUCAGCCAAUCUGCGGCGCCGUUUCAUUUUGCUGAAGUUCUAGUUUUCAUGGUCGGACUCCCUGAUGUUGAGCUUCCACUUGUUUACCUGUUCUGAUGACAUUAGUGCCUUGAAAAAGCCCCGCCCCCUGAGCCGCAGUGACAUCACUGAUGAUGUCAGGAGGAUUCUUCUUUUCUAUGUGUGUUUGUGUGAAAGCAAAGAUGGAUGUCGAUCCUGGGUUUACUGGGAAUGAAACGGAACGGUUUGUGACGACGUGGAGAGUUAAACCGACCAGAUCCAACCAAUCGAUCACAGAAGACGCUAUGAUGCUGGAUCUGCGUCCAACAUUUGGACCGCAGCUAGACACGCCCAUAUAUGGACAUCCUACUGAAGGUAGUGUGAGCUAGUUUGGCCUUUUUUGAAUAAACGGCAAACAGACCAGAAGCACAAUAAAAAGUGAAUUUAAAACAGUGAGUGAUGGGAAGCAUGUUGCUCUGAAGACACAACAGUUUCUGGGCUUUAGGACUUUUUAUAAGUUUUCAAGAUUUCAGAUGCAAACAGAAAUGAUUUUAAAAAGAAUGAAAUUAGAGGAACUUUGAGUGUUUUUGUUCCUGAGAAUAAAAAAUGGAGUGGAUUUAAAAUAAAAGGCACUCUUUAGAGACAUCAGUGAUGGUGGAAAUCUAUCGAUUAGUCAUGUCUGCAGCCCCGAUUAACAUGUUUGGUUGAUUAUUUUCACAGGAUAUGGGGGGGGGAGUUGUCUCCAUCAUGUCGUCUCACUGAAGGUUCAGACGUUUCUGUAACUUGAAGCUAAAUAAACACUUGGAUCUUAGUUAAAGGUUAAAUCUUUAUCAUGUUUAUUCCAGAGGUUUUUAUUUUGUCUUCCAGAACCAAACAGUUUAACACUUCCUAAACUUUACAUGUGGGGGUUUGUUCAGGUUUGGCCCCUGAGGGCCGCUGUCCUGCAGGUUUUCAAUACAUCGGAUGAUGCAAUAAAAGGCUGUUAACCUCUAAAACAUUCUGGACCGCGGCCCUCAGGGGCCGACUCUGGACUUCCUCUUUUAGAGCAGCUCUAUGAUUAUAUUCAGAAAACUAAAU